CAACUUUUGUUAGUGUUCUUUUUCAAUUCCAUCACAAAUAAAAAAAGGAUCGAUGAAGCAACUUACUUUACUGCUGGGUCAUAUCGCGCCGAGUCCACCUUUCCGGUUUCCCUCCGCGGGGGCAGGUCACUCCCUCCCCGCUAACAGCAGACAUCUCUCGGGCGGUUUUUUUAGAAGCAGCGCUGAGCUAGUCCUGCGACUUCCUCCAAGCGCACUUUUUUUCGGUUUUUAAAGUGUUUUCUUGUUUGCUGCGUCGAGGAACUACCGUGUUUGCUGCUGAAGAAGCAAAGCGGCGGAAGGAAAUGUCCAGCUGAGGCUUGCAAGUACUGAGAAGCCACUGCCGGGGCCUAUUUUGUCUGUAAUGAUUGAUCAAUGCUUCUACUAUGGCACUGAAGGCACAGGUUUUAUAUGACUUCGCUGCGGAGGCUGGAAACAAUGAGCUGACGGUGAAAGAAGGCGAGACCCUCACUAUCACAAAUCAGAAUGUCGGCGGGGGCUGGAUUGAAGCACAGAACUCCAGAGGAGAAAUUGGACUGGUGCCGGAGGAUUACAUAGAGCUCAGCAAGUCGUCAUUCCCCGAAGCGGGACCCGCAGCGCUGACUCCCAACGUCGGAAACGUCGCGCCCUCGGACCUGUCCUUCUUCGACGCCUUCGCUCCUGCGUCCACACAAAACCAGGUGGAUGCUAGGGGCUUGAGUCCCCAGCCCGACACCCCUGACACCCCAGUUUCCCCCUACCUCGCGUCCCCCGAAGAGGCCAGCAAUGGAAAUGAUCCCUGGUCAGGGUGGACCGCCGACCCCUCGGGGGGGGGCUCCAACAACUGGGCCUCCAACCCAGAGGGCACCCAGACCGGCAAGACGGCCGCCGCGGACUCCUGGGGAGGCUCGGCCCCACAGGGCCACCCUCAGGCUUACCAGGGUCCUGACAUCUACCCGUAUCCUUACCUUAUUGAUUACAAAGGGGUCGACGACGACGAGUGGGACGACGAGUGGGACGACAUGAAGUCCACCGGGGGCUACGCAGAGUCCGAAUCUGGAGAUGCCGCGGCCAUGCAGCGAGGCGGAGCUCACGCAUCAAUGAAACUCAAAUUUCCAGGGUUCUCAAAGUCUGGACCUGAGCUGUACCUCCUUUGCAAGCAGAUCGCAAAGGGUAAAGAAAAGCUACCCAUUUAUAUGGGAGAAGUGGGUCCGGUGUGGCUUUAUCCAGAAUCACAGCUGGACUGUGUGGUCGCUGAUCCCAAGAAAGGCUCAAAGCUGUACGGCCUCAAGAGCUACAUCGAGUACCAAAUCACGCCAAACACCACAAACCGCCCUGUCAAUCACAGAUACAAGCACUUUGACUGGCUCUACGAGAGGCUGCUGGACAAAUUUGGCUCUGCCAUCCCCAUCCCGUCCUUACCAGACAAGCAGGUGACAGGGCGCUUUGAGGAAGAGUUCAUCAAGAUGCGAAUGGAGCGCUUGCAGGGCUGGAUGAGCAGGAUGUGCAGGCACCCUGUCCUUUCCUGCAGCGAAGUAUUCCAGCUGUUCCUCACGUACAAGGACGAGAAGGACUGGAAAACGGGGAAGAGAAAAGCCGAGAAGGAUGAGACAGUGGGAGUGAUGAUCUUCACCACCAUAGAGCCGGAAGCUGCAGACUUGGACCCUGUAGAAGUAGAGCAGAAAUGCGAGCAGUUCAGCAGGUUUACCAAAGCGAUGGACGACGGCGUGAAGGAGAUCCUGACAGUGGGACAUGAGCACUGGAAGAGAUGCACGGGGCCUCUGCCAAAGGAAUAUCAGCGGAUUGGUAAAGCCUUCCAAAACCUUUCCUCGGUGUUCACCAGCAGUGGAUAUCAAGGCGAGUCCACCCUGACGGACGCCAUGACGGCAGCGGGGAAGACCUACGAGGAGAUAGCACAGUUAGUAGCGGAGCAGCCCAAGAAAGACCUCCACUUCCUCAUGGAGACCAACAACGAGUAUAAAGGUUUGCUGGGAUGCUUCCCCGACACCAUUGGAGUCCAUAAGGCGGCCAUCGACAAAGUGAAGGAAGGCGACAAGUUGGUGGCCACCAGUAAAAUAAGCGCUCAGGAAAAGGUCACCAUGGCGAAGCGAGUCAGCACCAUGUCUUACGCGUUACAAGCUGAGAUGAACCACUUCCAUAGUAACCGUAUCUACGACUACAACCGCGUCAUGCAGCAGUACCUGGAAGAGCAAGUCAAGUUUUAUGAGACGAUUGCUGCAAAGCUGAGACAAGCCCACGGUCAGUUCACCACGAUGUGACGGUCCAGGAGCUGAACAGCACCACAUCCCAAAUCUUCUCACUUAACUGCUUCUUUUCUACCUUUCUUCCCUUUUUUUUUUUUUUUUUUUUAAUGAAAGUUUCUCACUUGCGUUGUGACGCUUUAAACCGCAGCAGUGAGUGAUUGCGGAUGACGACACACACACACACACUUCCUCUUUUUAAAGAAAGAGACGGGAACAAAACACGCAACGUGUUGCACAACCGAAGGUUUCUUUAAAGCAAAACGACAAAUUUAUUUGUAGUGAUUAAUAUCAUACCCGUGUUUGAUACCUCCUGUCACUCAAAGGAAGCAUCCUGUGCCUUUUCUUUCUGCACUUCCCUCAUGUCAGCAGGAAGCCCCGCCCCUUCCUGUAGUACCCCUGUGCCUUAUUUCCAUUUCUGCAUUGGUUUACAUUUCAGGAAAAUGCACACAUGUUGACUCUGUUUUACUAUGAAGGAGCAACAGCGACAUUUAAGGAGGGCGGAGCUACGGAUUAUGCAAUUUGUUUUUGCUUUCAAUCGACUUUGUGUUCACCUGUGUUUUUAUUCUCACACGAUACCCAAAUUAUGUUGAAAUAUUUAAUGAGCACGGGGACAGGCUUCACAGCCCAUCUCAAAGAUUGUACUUCCCAACGUUUGAUAAAUAUCAAACCAAACAGAUGUUUUGUUGUCUGGGCGAAGGUUGUGUGAAUGAAGGCUUUUUAUUUGUACACGCGUGCCUCGUGAAGUGAGCGUCGGUAUAAAUAAUAAAUACACUAUUCUAUCA